AUGGAGGCCUCGCUAUUACCCGUCGUACUUCUUCAGUCGAGGACUACCCCUACGACUAUUAAUACUCGCACCGGUGUCGAGUGUACCAAGGUUGGCGGCUUCUUUCCCGCGGUUGUGAGAUUGUGCAUCUGUGAGCCAUGUCACGUGUGCGAGUUCAAAAAGAACUCGCUGACUUGCGGGUACAAAGAACAUAAAGAGUUGGAUGCAUCGGACGGCUCGGACUUGACAGUGGAUCAACCUCUGCUCGCGCCGACCGAUUGGUUUCUUACUGAGGAGGAGGUUACAGCGUCACGGAAUGGCUCAACUCGAGGCGACAUGGCCACUUACACGACCGGGAACGACGUCACGACAUACACCGUACCGAAAGAAUUCUUUGACGCUGCUUUUACUGAUCUUUCGUCCACCAAGGAGGGAGAUCGAGUCAUGCUGGCAGGUUGGGGUACAGACCUCAUUCCGUUCCAGCCCGAUGUCGACGGUGGCAACCAGUCCCAAUUACAUGACGUGGUUGAAGGCAAAUCGCAGAAUAUUAAGGUUCGCGACGACAUUAACGAUAUCGCGGCAUCAGUAACGACAGGAAAGAAGCCACUUUUCCUAUUUGACGACCGCGUACGGACGAUUUCAUCAACUCACCACCAGAAGAAUCUAAUCAUAGCAUCUACCAAUUCGACGGAGGUGGAUCAACACCCUGUGGCUUACGUUGGUGGGAUCGACAUCACUUCAGGUCGUUGGGAUACGAUCUACCACAAUGAGUCGGAACUUCGCGAAUCUACCGGUGUGAGUGGCUCCUUCAAGGGCUGGAUAGACGGCCAUGUCCGUAUUCACGGGCCGGCAGCAAAAGAUGUGGCUGGAAACUUUCUCAGUCGCUGGAACUCCGACUACGAACCAACACAGGGUCUUGCCAAGGACUUGCUCGACUUUGACAACCCGCCAUACGACGACUUAGCGCCUCUAGACUACACCAGCAGAGGGACCAAGUCGGAGUUAGGCAGCCAAAACGUACAGAUCGUACGGACGUUCAGCUGCAAGUAUGAGCACUACGACGAGUUCGCUCCCUAG